UGCAAUUUCAACAAUUUGGUAUCAUUCAAAGCACCAUCGGACAUUGAUAUAUCACCAAAUACUAAUAAUAGAAAACACAACCCACAUGACACCCCGACCUUUUCUAUACUUAACUUUCUAAUUACCAAAAACUCACCUGCUCACCACCAACAACCAUUUUCAACCGAUAGUACAACUACUACUGCACGAGAUACAAACUAAUGUAACAUGAUAUCUUAGUACUAGAUACUCGGUUUACAACUCUUUAUAUAUAUGACAUUUGUGCCCCUUUGCGCCGCCUUAAUAUUUGCCCAAAACGACACACUCUCUUUGAAUCUCAACAUAUAAAGUUUCAGGCUGCAAUCGCACAAGUAGACGACGGAGAUAUGCCGGAAUAUUGUGUGACUGGCGGCACGGGAUUCAUAGCAGCGUACCUCGUCAAGUCGUUGCUUGAACAAGGCCAUACUGUUCGAACCACUGUCAGAGAUCCAGAAAAUGUGGAGAAAGUAGGGUACUUGUUGGAGCUUGAAGGAGCCCACGAUCGACUAAAGCUUAUGAAGGCCAAUUUGAUGGAGGAAGGAAGUUUUGACCAAGCGAUAGAUGGUGUUGAUGGUGUUUUCCACACUGCAUCUCCGGUGGUUGUUCCACAAGACAACAAUAUCCAGGAAACACUAAUUGAUCCAUGCAUAAAGGGCACCAUGAAUGUGCUAAGCUCAUGCAAGAAGGCAAAAAGUGUGAAAAGGGUAGUGCUCACGUCAUCUUGCUCUUCAAUACGAUACCGUUAUGACGUCCAACAAGUUUCUCCUCUUAAUGAAUCGCAUUGGAGCGACAUUGACUACUGCAAAGAAUACAACCUUUGGUACGCAUAUGCAAAGACAAUAGCAGAGAAAGAUGCAUGGGAUGUAGCAAAGGAAAACGGGAUCGAUCUAGUUGUCGUGAACCCUUCUUAUGUGGUGGGCCCAUUGUUAGCACCACAACCAACGAGUACACUUCUAAUGAUACUGGCCUAUAUUACAGGAAAAGUAGGGGAAUACCCGAACACAACAGUAGGAUUUGUGCACAUAGAAGACGUUGUGGCUGCUCAUAUUUUAGCAAUGGAGGAAAAAGAGGCUGAAGGCAGACUCAUAUGUUCAAGCACAGUGGCUCACUGGUCUGAAGUUAUUCAGAUGCUUAAAUCAAAAUACCCAUUUUAUCCGUAUAUAGACAAGUGUAGCAGUCGGAAAGGGGACGACAACCCACAUAGCAUGGAUAGUAGCAAGAUAUUACAACUGGGGCUACCUCCAUUUAAAUCACUUGAGCAAAUGUUUGAUGACUGCAUCAAAAGUUUUCAAAAGAAGGGAUUUCUGGAAGUUUCAUCAUAAUUAAUAGAAUAAGAAUUUCCUAUAAAGGUCAUACUGAUUUUCAUUUCUUGGUAUAUGAAGUCACGGAAUCUUGUUAGUUGGUGUAAAAAGGCUUAUAUUUAAGAACAUAAAAGACUAAUAUUAAUAAUUGUUGCUACAUGGCCUUCGAGAUGCCUGAUAACAAAUUGGAUGUAUCCUCAUCUAAUGCACAAUUUGAAUGGCACGCUGCAAAAGAUAGACACAUAUAAAUGCCCAUCACAUCUGUUGUUCCCACAUUACUUCGUCAGUUAUUCUUUUUACUCUUGCUACUUCACCUUCUUUAUUAAAGAAUAUUUUGCUCUACUAUGACUACGUUAACUUCAACUGUGUUUGGCUCAAAUUUCCAAGAAGCAUCAUCUUGUCGAUGAAGACGUUGUUUCAAUCCCCAGUAGUGUCGCUACAAUCGAUCAUCCCCCUUCUGGUAAGAUCGUUUUUUACCUUUACUACUCUGAGGCAUGUUUAAGGGUUCAUCCUUCUCCUUUUUUGGGCAAAUUAUUAAAGCCUAUAGGAUUCAUACAUGUCAACUCAAGCCCAACUCCAUAUCCAAUAUAAUUUGCUUUGAGUUGUGGCAUGCUUCUCAUGUUAUGCCCACCAUCAAUUUGUUUCAAUACUUCUUUCAGAUUUGUAGUAGUGGUUCUUGGUUUUACUUCGGUUGUCGGGGGAGAAGGUCUUCCUGAGUCUAUUAAGUGCUAUGAUAUUAUUUUUGACAUUAGGGUCAAUAUGUAAAGAUGCAAACAAAUACACAAAUAUUCUAUGAUAUUAUUGUUGACCUUAGUUUUUACAGGGGGAGCUUCCAAAC